UCCAGGCAGAAUCUCAGCACUCGACGACUCGACCGUGUUCAUCGCAGACGCGUAGUGCGCAACCGCUUGCAGCCAGCGCCCAGGCCACAUUCAAAAGUCUCGUGUAGAAGCCCCUUAGAAGCUACUUGUCACCUUUUACAGAGAGAGAGAGAGAGAGCCCUGUGUACCGUGUGAGAGAGAGAGAGAGAGAGAGAGAGAGAGAGAAAAAGAGGGAGGUACCAAAUAAAAAGAGAAGCCUCCUCCUCCUUGCAUACCUCCCUGCCCACUUUUAUAUCUCAGAGAAGAGCAGCGGUGGGGUUUUCGGCUGUGGAAGUACACCUUGGCUAAAGCUUCUCGACGUGGCUGUGGAGAAAAAACGCUAGAGCCCCCGAACCGUGUGUCUCCCUUUUGUCGCUUAUGGUCAACGCAUUCAUUCGUUGACUAACUGUCUACUCGGUCAGCAGCAACUACAGCAGCAGCUACAGCUACAUCAGCAGCCAGCCACCAGAUCGCCACCGCCAGCCCCAAACACACAAGAAAACCAGUUGAUUCUCUCAAGAAUUUGAUUGUCAUUUUUCGAACGAAAAGCGCAACGAGAAACCCCCAUUUUGCCAAAAUGUUCGCCGUUAUGCCCUACGAUACUGAGGACAGGAGCGCAGCCUACAGGCGCCGGGUAGCGACUCCCCGUGCCGACUUUGUCUGCAAGUAUUGCCAGCGCCGUUUCACCAAGGCCUACAAUCUCAUGAUUCACGAGCGCAGCCAUCGUGACGACGUCACCUACACUUGCGAGGUCUGCGGCAAAACCUUCAAGCGACAGGACAACUUGAAACAGCACAGGCAUCGGUAGACUACUCCACCAACACACCACAUAAAUAUGACCCCCGUUUCCGCGGCCCGCAAUAUACACACUGGCAAUGCGCCUCUCCAGCGUCGCUACGUCGUACGUCUCUGUCUCUUUCUUUCUCUCUCUGUCUCAACUCUUUUUCUUUCUCUCUCGAACCUUUUUUCCUUCUGUCUCUGCUGGACUGUUUUUUUGCUGCUGCUGCUCUGCCUGUGACCGAUUCUUUUUUUGACAACCAAAUGAUUUUGCUUUCGGCAUGUCCCAUCCAGCUGCUGCUGCUGCUUUUUACAUUUUAUUGCGUAGUACUAUGUGCUUUUUUCAUUAAUUGUGUUCUCCCUUCCGGCUGCUGUGUGUGAAGAGUCUCGAUCCAACUCGAUGCGAUGACAAUAACCGCAAAAAAAACAUCUCGCGAUUCCAAUUUUCAUACUAACAGCCGAUUCCGCUUUUAAAAACGAAAAAAAAAGAGCGCCCCCAGUGUUGUGUAUAUAUGUGAAGGCUCACAUCAUUUUUGUGUGUUUGCUGGUGGAAACGUUUGUAUAAUGUCCCUCCUGAGUCUCUGAUGAUGCGCACCACACGAUUUUCUAUCGACCAAACAACAAAAAAACAAAAAAAAAGACAGCCAAACAACCAAAACGCGCUUACAUUGUUUCAUUGCAGAACUAUCCACGGUCCCGCUUAUCGCUCGACGGGCAUCUACAUACCGGCCAUUUGAAGAGCGCGCGCUCCGCUCUCACGCCACGCUUAUUCGGGAAAAAUUAAAGAUUCGCACUCUCGCCGCCCUCCUCCUGUUUUCUUUGAUUUUUUUUUAUCAAUGAUUUUUCUCAUUCAAAUCUUUUAUUAUUAUAAUUAUUAGACAACAGCAAAAGUAAGAAAAAACAAACAAAAAAAAAGAUAAAAAAAAAAGAAUAUUUUACUACUCGAAAACCCAAAACUAACCACACCCUAUUCGUCUUUUUUCCUCUGAAUUUCAGUUGUUUUAUAUGUUUUUUGUCCCAAUUGAUUUUUUUUCCAUCGCGACAACUGACUGAAAACAAAAAAGAUUUCUCAUUUUUUCCACUUCUUAAAAAUUCUUCCUCGAUCAUUUUUGCGUGUUUUGUUUUGCUGCUGUGUGUGAAUGUCGUGUGCGUGUAUCUGCCUUUAAAAAAACAAACAAUUGCGACGGAAUCCGUCCAGACUUCUGUACAUUUAUAACUUCUCCAUAUGAGAGAGAAGAUGUGCCUCUGUCAAUCCAAUUUUCUUAUAAACCCCCCAACCCUGCAAUCGCAUUGACUUGGUAUGAAAUUUCUUCUCUUAAAUUCUAAUUUUGUUUGAUUUUUUUUGGAAAAAAAUUCAAUUUUCUUCUCACCCCACCCCCCAUGUCGUGAGUUGCACCCGGUGUGUUGUGAGAGAGAGAAAAACGGGCGGACGGCACCUUUUCUAUAGAAAGAAAAACCAUUUAUCCCCACUUUUUUAUGAUUUCUGUAAUUUGGCAAUGACAAUUCCUCCCUUUUUUUUCCAUACAAAAAACAAAGAAUUAAACGAAACAAAAGAAGAGAUCAAAAAUGAGGCAUUCCAAUGAGAACAAAAAAAAAGAGAAAUUUUAUCUUCCCGUGGAAUUCGCUACUGUAUCCCAUUCAAAUCCAAAACGCACAGUUGGAAAUUC